AUGCUGUGUUCGGACACUGGUGUUCCUACUGACCAUGAUGACUGUACAUCUGCUAAGGUUAAAUGGGUUAGGGGGAGCUUCCAUCAGGGCAAUGGUAGAUUUAAAUACCCAGGGCGUCAGUGUAUGGCCAUAGCUUUAGCAAGCUUGGCUAAACACACAGUCAGUAGUGUGUUCUCGUGGCGGCGUCGUGAUUUGGACCAUGUUCUCCAUCUAGGCGAUGACUUGUACGCGUUCUUGCGUGAGAACAACAGGAUCAGUGGGACCUCUGAGUUCUUGUGUGUUCCUGAGUUGCCAGGACAACAUGUUUUUGACGGGCAGCAGUUUACGUUCGAUUAUGGUAGUGACUAUGUUAGUGGUGUGGUCAAUGUAGUUGAUGGAGAACUUGUUGAGGCUGGUUGUCACACCUCUCUCCUAAAUGGAUUGGAGAGGAUGCUUGAUAACUAUAGCACGUGCUUACUGACCCUGGGUGGUAAUACUUGCGCGGUUAUUAAUCAGAACGGUAGAUAUGCUGUUGUUGAUUCACACGCACGCAGCGCUGCAGGAUUGGUAGGUGUUCAUGGUAGAAGUAUAGUUGCGUAUUUUACUUGUGUUAGAGACCUGCAUGAGUAUGUAUGCAAUCUGGCUGCAUCACUCAAUGCAAGUCAUGAAGCUUUUGAGAUCGCUGGUGUGCGUGUGUUUCAUGUAGUGUUUGAGGAUGCUCCUGCUGAUGAUGCAGAUGUAGCAGUUGUUAGUGGUGAUGCUACUCCAGAUGAGGUCGUGUCUGUGAUAGUUAGUGGGGAGGCUUCUGCAGCUGAUGCAGAUGUUGUUAGUGGGGAGGCUUCUGCAGCUGAUGCAGAUGUUGUUAGUGGGGAGGCUUCUGCAGCUGAUGCAGAUGUUGUGUUUGUUAGUGAUGAGAUGUGCAAACAGCUGCAGUUUGAUCCCCUCAGUAAGGAGGUUGCCCAGUUGGUUUGUAAACGGGUAAAUUUAGAGUUUGAGAAAGUUGAUGAGGUAGUGUCUGCAGGAGUUGGUUUGUUAGGGUCUCCUUGUAAAAAGGAGAACAUAGUGCCUGAUGGGAACUGUUUCUUUAGGGCAGUGUCUCUAGCUGUGAGUGGAACACAGAAGAGUCAUAGGAAGAUUAGACUCGCUGUUGUUAAGCAUCUAGAGAAGAAUGCGUCACAAUACAAUAGCAUUUUGAGAAGUGAGUAUUCUUCAGUGGCAGAUUAUGUUAGGGAGUCAAAGAUGAGCUAUGUUGGCAGCUGGGCAACAGAGGUGGAAAUUCAGGCAGCAGCAGAUUGUUUAGGAGUUGAUAUCUUUACAUUUUGUGAUGGUAGAUGGUUAGAAUAUAGCUGUAAGUUUAAUGGUUUGUCUAGACAGGGGAUUUACUUGGAAAAUUGUAACGGUAACCAUUAUGAAACGGUUGUUUGUGUUUAUGAGCCUCAGCUGCAGAGGUGUUAUGGUUUGUGUAAUGUGAGUAGUUUGGAUUGUAAAGUUUAUGAUAUGAGACGUCGUAGUGUAGACAGUUGUUCUUUGGAAAGUCCAGAGUGUAAGAGAGUGAAAACAGUACAUUGUACAGGUGUGAAUAGUUGUCUUUCCAAGUAUUUGAAAAGUAAGAGGAAGUCACAAAUUAAAAUGAAAUAUCAGGGUAGUGUGCUGAAUAGGGAGAAGAAAAAGGAAAUGCGCAAAAAGAAAUAUCGUCAGGAUGUUUUGCUGAGGGAGAAAGAAAAAGUGGAAAGUAUAGGGAAGUAUAGGGAUAAUGUGUUUCAUCGAGAGACAGUUAAGGCAAACAGUGUUGUAAAGUAUAGGGAAAAUGUGUUGCAUAGGCAGAGAGUGAAGGAAAUGAGUCGAAGAAAGUAUCAUGGGGACUCGGAGCAUAGAAUUCGUGUUGUAGAAGGUAAUAAGUUGAAGAUGGUAGACAUAAAAGAGAAACGGAAGCAGUUUGAUUUUGUGAUGGACCAGUUUUUGGAUAAGGUUAAAGAUGGUCCAGAUUUUGUGUGUUCAGUUUGUCAUAGGUUGUUGUUUAGACGGCAGGUUGUAAAUUGUAGAAAAGAGAAUUACAACAAGAAUAAGGCAUUAGCUUCAUUAGCAGAUAAGUGUAUUAGUGAGGACUAUUUACACAAGUGUAGUAAGGACUGUGUAGUGCCGUGUCAGUGGUUAGAUUCAGCGAGAGGUCAGUUGUGGAUUUGUCACACGUGUCAUAGUAAGCUUAAUAAUGGUGUACUGCCACCUGAGAGUUCAGUUAAUAAUUUGAAACUCGAUCCUAUUCCACCGGAGUUGGCGUGUUUGAAUAGUUUAGAGCAGCAUUUGAUAGCGUUGCACAUACCGUUUAUGAAGAUGUUGGCUCUGCCUAAGGGAGGUCAGAAUGGAGUGCAUGGUCCGGUGACAUGUGUUCCUGCCAACAUAGUGGAGACCAGUAAAUUGUUGCCGCGCUCCAAUAUGGAGGGCUCUUUGUUGCUUGUGAAGUUGAAGCGUAAGUUGACGUAUAAAGGUCAUUAUGAGUAUCAGUUUGUGGAUACUAUGCGCGUUAGGAAGGCGUUGCAGUUUUUAAAGGAUACAAACGUGUAUUAUAAAGACGUUGAUUUUAAUGAAGAGUGGCUAAAUGCAUUUCUUAGGGAAGAAGAUGAGGCAGUUGUUGAACCGGAGGUUAGUGUUGAUGCAGAAACUGGGGAAGAUGAAGAUGUUUCAGAUGAGCUUUUACAUGAUAGGCAGCAGCAUUGUAUGUUUCAGGACACGUGUUUUAUGCCAGUUGACAUAGGUCAGGAAACAUUAGAUCAAUAUUAUGAGGGUGUGUUAAAUGUUGCGCCUGCAGAAGGUAACAAUCCUGUUAAGUUACUUUCUGAUCAGGAAAAUGAGGCUAAAUGUUUCCCAGUGUUGUUUCCUCUAGGUGGUAAAACGUAUCAUGAUAGUAGGUCUAGUCGUUUAACGUUGUCUCGGUAUUUGAACAAUAGGAUUUUGCAUGCUGACGGUAGGUUUUCUAGAAAUGUAGAGUAUAUAUUUUUUGGUCAGUACAUGUCUGAGGUUCAGCAGGUUGUGUCGAACGUGUCAAUCGCCCUGCGAAAAGGUAAGGGGCGUCCUUCUAAGAAGGUAGGUGGUCAAAGUGUAAGGGACUUAAUAAACGAUGAAGAGUCCAUGAAGAAGUUGUUGGAGUUUGAUGACGGGUAUCGUUUUCUGAAGCCGAUCCGAGGUACCCCGGCUUUUUGGCAGGAAGCCCAGCGUGGGUUAGUUGCGUCGGUCCGUCAGCUUGGUCUGCCUACUUGGUUUUGUUCAUUUUCUUCUGCAGAUUUGAGAUGGACUAAUUUACUAGGUAGCAUUUUGAAGCAGGAAGGUAGGACUCAGACUGCAGAAGAUUUAGAGUGGGCAGACAAGUGUGAGUUACUGCGUCGUAAUCCGGUCACUGCAGCGAGAAUGUUUGAUUAUCGCUGGCAUGUGUUUUUGAGGGAGGUCCUUAUGUCUCCCUCCAAUCCGAUCGGUAAAGUUAUCGAUUUCUUUUAUAGGGUUGAAUUUCAGCAGCGCGGUUCACCACAUGUACAUUGCUUAUUUUGGAUUGAAAACGCACCCAAAAUUGAUGAAAACACGGACGAAGAAGUCGUCGAAUUUAUUGAUAAAUAUGUGACAUGCGAGUUACCGGCACAAGAUGAGACAUUAUUGGACAUUGUCACAUCUGUACAGCAACACUCAAAGCGACAUUCUAAAACCUGUAAAAAGAAGAACACGGCUUGUCGUUUCAAUUUUCCAAAAGUGCCAUCCACUCGUACAUUCAUUUCUCGUAGCCCCUCGGAGCAAGAAGCUAAAAAUAAAUGUAAGUGCGAGGAAUCCGCAGCGUGUACAUGUGGUAAACGAAACAUGAAAAAACCAGAUCUCAUGAAACGUGAUUACGCGGAAGAUAUAGUGGGACGUAUCAAGGCAGCUGUGUUAAAGGAAGAAAAUAGUAACCUCACUGUUGAGGAGUUGUGGCAGCGUUUAGGGAUUAGUCAAGCUACGUUUGAGGCUGCAUAUCAACGCAUCGCGAAAAAGACAACGGUAGUCUUGAAGAGGCAGGUUAAUGAAGUCUGGAUUAAUCAGUAUAGUAAGCCGCUGUUGAAAUGUUGGAAUGCCAAUUUAGACGUCCAAUUUGUAUCAGACGCGUACGCUUGUAUAGUUUAUGUCAUUUCUUAUAUCUCUAAGGCAGAGAGAGACAUAGGAUUGUUGCUAGGGAACGCCCAUAGGGAAGCGUCAAAGGACGGGAACGUUAGUGCCAAAGAGGCUUUGAAAAGUUUAGGUAGUGUUUAUCUUCAUAAUAGAGAUGUGAGUGCUCAGGAAGCUGUCUAUAGGUUAAGUGGCAUGCACCUGAAGGAAUUCUCUAGGAAGGUUGUAUUUAUACCUACAGGAGACAAUAUAGUUAAGAUGAGUCUUCCUAUAAGUAUAUUGAGGGAAAAGGCAGAGUCUUCAGAUUGUAAUGUAGAUGACAUCUGGAUGACUAGUAUAAUUGAUCGGUAUAAGAAUAGGCCUAAUGAUAGUACGUUUAAUGAUAUGUGUAUAGCCACAUUUGUGUCGGAGUAUCGUGUGUUAGCUAGAAAUGAGAAAUGUAAGGAUCGGAUUCAAUUAAAAAAUGAUUGCGGAUUUGUCGCAAAAAGAACUAAAACUGAACCUGCAGUAAUUCGAUAUGCGCGCUUUUCAGAGACUAAAACUCCAGAAUUAUUUUAUCGGAGCAUCCUGCAGUUGUUCCUACCGUAUCGUUCCGAUGAGCAAUUAAAGCCUAAAAAAUUUGAUACAUACGGACAGUUUUAUAACGAUGCGCGUGUUAGGUUUAGUGAUAGGACGAUGCAUUCAGUUAAAGAAGUCGUAGAUUUGAAUAGAAGUAAAUUUGAAAUUAAUGCCGACGAGUUGGAUGAGAUCCUUGAAAAUAUAGCAUUAGAUGGUGUAGCAGAAGAUGCCUGGGGUGAAUUGUGCCCAGAGCAAGAGGUAGAGAGGUUAGAGUGUGUACAGGAAGAGGAAGAGAGAAAGAAAGGGCAGGUAUUAGAUGGUGAUGAUGUUGAUCAUGAAAAUGUCCCAGACUUAGCGGUGUGUAGGGAACAAGUGGUUCAUAUAGAAAAGAGGAAUAACAUUAUGUGUAGGACUGAUGGCUUGGCUCUUAUUAGGUCUUUAAAUGAGACUCAGCAGUGUGUUUUCUAUCAGGUGAGGCAGUGGUGUUUAGAUAGGGUUAGAGGGAAGAAGCCACAUCCCUUUCAUGUAUUUGUUACAGGUGGUGCAGGGACAGGAAAGAGCCAUUUAAUUAAAGCCAUUCAGUAUGAGGCUAUGAGGUUGUUGUCAACAGUCUGUCGUCAACCUGAUAAUAUUUGUGUCUUGUUAACAGCUCCUACGGGGAUUGCUGCUUACAAUUUACAUGGAACAACCAUUCAUCACACAUUUAGCAUUGGCAAAGAUGUUCGCCUUCCCUACGUACCUUUGGGUGAGGAAAAGGUGAACUCUUUGCGUGCUAAAUAUAGUGAUCUUCAAAUUUUAAUUAUAGAUGAAAUAUCGAUGGUUGAUCACAGACUGUUGACAUAUGUUCAUAGUAGGUUGAGACAGAUCAAACAGACAGGUGAUUUGACUCCGUUUGGGAAUGUGUGUGUCAUAGCUGUAGGAGAUUUUUUCCAGUUGCCUCCAGUUAGAGGGAAACCUCUUUAUGAAGAGGAACUUGGAGUCAACCUGUGGUCGAGCCUUUUUAAGGUUGUCGAGUUGACAGAAGUAGUUAGGCAGAAAGAUGGUGAGUUUGCGUCGUUAUUAAAUCGCGUUAGAACUCGUUCAAAAGGGACGGCAAUGUUGAAUAGCGACAUUGAAAUAUUAAAGCGUUGUGAAACCGGUGAAGUCAGCUCAGCUUUACACAUUUUUCCGACGAAUAGACAAGUAAAUGAGCACAAUGAUGAAGAACUGUUGAAGACAUGUCCUGAGUAUGAGGAAAUAGAGGCUCAGGACUAUGUCAAUGAUAAAAAAACAGGUGAAUUAGUGUUGAAGAGUGGCCGUCACACAAAGACAUAUAACACGUGUUUAGCCCAAGUGUUGUCAUUAGGUAAGGGUGCACGUGUUAUGUUGUGUAAAAAUGUGGAUGUGUCAGAUGGUCUAGUUAAUGGUGUGUGUGGCUUUGUGACGGACAUAGUUCAUUUAGACAAGAAAAAGUUUCCUCACAGAGUGUAUGUUAAAUUUGAUGAUGAUCAUGUUGGUGCUCAGUGGAGGAAACAGUGUGCUAGUAGUUUGUCAGUUGUAGCGGGUUCCAUCGGCAUUGAAGCAGAGGAAGAGAGGGUGACUAAAAAAGGUGGCAUGCGUCGUCAGUUUCCACUUAGACUUGCGUGGGCGUGUACUGUACAUAAGGUACAGGGUAUAACUGUAGAUAGUGCUGUGGUGUGUCUGAAGAAGGUGUUUUGUGCAGGUCAGGCGUAUGUGGCCUUAAGUCGUGUUAGAAGUUUGUCAGGGUUGGUGAUUCAAGACUUUGAUGAUAAGGCCAUUUAUUGUAAAGACAACAUUAAGGAUGCUAUGCAGAGUAUGCCUCAAUAUUUGAUAGGAAAUAACAUCAGUCACAAAUUGGAUUCAAAUACAUUCAAUGUUUUUUUGAUGAAUGUACAAAAUCUAACUAAACAUGUAUCAGAUUUGGCUUCAUGUACACAGCAUUUACAGCUUAACUGUAUUGCUGUGACAGAAACAUGGCUACCUGCUGCAUCUACAGAAGCAGUAAACAUCGAGGGCUUCACUUUUCACAGUAGUCCUCGAAGUUUAUCUUAUAACAGUGACCAUCCAGCACUGAUUGCACUGCAAGGACAACAACAUGGUGGUGUUGGCUUGUACAGUGCAGACAAUUUGGCCUCUAAUAUUAUCCAAAUGCCACCAUUCAAUUUAGAAUGUAUAGUUUAUAAUUGGCUAGAAUAUAAUCUAUUAGUAGCAGUUAUUUAUCGGCCACCGUCAUAUCCCAUGUCUCUGUUUAAAGAACACUUAGGGAAAUUACUUGAUUGGCUACAUCCUAAAAGUAACAAUAUUGCAGUCAUGGGAGAUUUUAAUGACGAUCUCUUGAAAUCAUCAAGUCUCUGCAAACUUCUAACAGACAAAGGGUUUGUUCAGUUAGUAACGCAGGCGACAACAGAGCAAGGGACUUUGAUAGAUCAUGUUUAUGUUAAUACAUCAGAUUAUGAAGUUGAGUGUGAGGUUGUGCCUGCGUAUUUUAGUGAUCAUGAGGCGAUUGUUUGCAGUUUUAAAUGUAGAAAUGUCUAA